AUCAGCGAAGGAAAUGGGCAAUGGUAUGCAAUACCAUCUGUUUCAUUUACGGCAAAAUAAUUGUAAAGCACAAGGGAGCCAUCUUUAUACAUUUAGAUGGCAUCCUGGCCUUGGUCCUGCAACACUACCACAACUGCAUUUUGGAGAAGGACAAGAACCUGCAGCAGGAUUACCUGGACGCCCUUACUAUCCUGACCAACAUCCUGAGCAGCCAGCAGUACUUGGCCUGUGGAUUCAGUUUCCCCCAGAAACUGUCAUUAAUAAGCCUCAUGGUGGAGCUGAUCAGCGAGGAGCCAUUGGACUCCAUCUCCAGCCCCAUUAUACAGAAGGCAAUGAACAUCAUCGCUGACUUCAGGAUGCUGGGGCCCCUCUUAGAGGUGGAACAAGGAAUAGAGCUGCUCCGAUUGUGCUUCAGGAGUGUGUUCUGCCUGCCGUCUGAAGACGUGUUGCAAAAGGACGCAUCCAGUCCGGAGGAGGCCCAGGCCAAUGUGGAUCUAUUUAACAUGACCACAGGAUCCCUCCAAAGGCUCAUGGAGGCAAUUAUGACUGAGAUGCCCACAUGGAUCAAGGACUACUUGGGGGUCAAUGGGGAGAAGCCCCUGGAAGUUGACAUAUUAGUUUCCUAG